AUGUUGAACAAGCUGCAAGGCCAGCCUGAGAGUUACGAAAAGAAAGCACAAUAUCGAUUUGGUAAGACUCUUGGAGCAGGCACAUAUGGCAUCGUUCGGGAAGCCGAGGUCAACGGGGACAAGGUUGCCGUCAAGAUCAUCCUGAAAAAGAGCGUCAAGGGCAAUGAACAAAUGGUCUACGAUGAGUUGAGGAUGCUGCAGACUCUGGACCACCCUCAUAUUGUCAAGUUUGUGGACUGGUUUGAGUCAAGAGACAAGUUCUACAUCGUAACUCAGCUGGCUACCGGAGGCGAACUGUUCGAUCGCAUUUGCGACAAAGGCAAAUUCACCGAAAAGGAUGCAUCGCAGACGAUCAAGCAGGUCCUUGAGGCAGUCGACUAUCUUCAUGAACGCAAUAUCGUCCACAGAGACUUAAAGCCUGAGAACCUUCUCUACCUGACCAGGGACCCCGACUCCCAACUGGUGCUUGCCGACUUCGGCAUUGCCAAAGCGCUCGACGGCCCAAGUGCCGUUCUGACAUCUAUGGCCGGAUCGUUUGGUUAUGCUGCGCCAGAAGUCAUGCUGAAGCAAGGACACGGCAAACCGGUUGACAUGUGGUCUUUGGGAGUGAUCACCUACACCCUCCUCUGUGGCUACUCUCCUUUCCGAUCGGAGAACCUUACCGACCUCAUAGAUGAAUGCAGAAGUGGUCGCAUCAUUUUCCAUGAACGAUACUGGAAGGAUGUCAGCAAAGACGCCAAAGCCUUCAUAAUGACCCUCCUACAACCAAAUCCCGACAAACGUGCCACCAGCAAAGAGGCGCUCAAACACAGAUGGUUGACAGGCGAGACGGCUUCAGAACAUGAUCUCUUGCCAGAAAUCCGGUCCUACUUGGCGAAGAUGAAAUUGAAACGUGGUAUCGAAUUGGUCAAACUGGCCAACCGGAUCGAAACCCUCAAGGUGCUGGAUGAAGAGGAGCCAGGCUCUCCCGACGCAAACGACAUACCUGCGAAUGCACAAAACGCUGCCGGAUUGGCGGUCAAGAACCAUAUCCGAGGCGUAUCUCCCGGCCGAGGUCUUACCACGAACGACGCCCCGGAGAAAAGAGCCAUGAGUAACGCGGCAAAGAGUGCCAUCUUCCGAGAGGUGGUUUUGGCCAAAGUGAGGGAGAUGAAGGACAAGGAGCAAACCGACAAGCUGGUGGCUAAGGUCACGAAAGAGCACGAACGGAGAAAGAGCUUUUCCGGCCAGAAGUAG